CCAUUGGUGACCCUGCACGCGUCCUUCGAGCGCUUCCAGGAUUGUGCUGCCAUCAACAGAAAAAUACACAAGCGACACAUUUGGGGUGGUGGCACUUCACACAUUGUGUGUCCUGUGGGAGCGGACAGAAACAAGGUGCAAAUGUACAGUUUGAUGGGAGGCGGCCUCUUCUGCGCCGUGGUGGCCAACAUCCUGCUGGUGGUCGCCACCGCCACCGACCACUGGAUGCAGUACCGCGCCUCGGGGAGCCCCGCUCACCAGGGCCUGUGGCGCAACUGCGUGUCCAGCAAGUGCCACCUGCAGGGCGACAACACAGCCUACUGGACCGCCGCCAAGGCCUUCAUGAUCCUGGCGACCGCCGCCUGCUUUGCGGGCGCCAUCGCCGGCCUCACCUCCUUCUCUCACUUCUCCUCCUUCGGGAGGUUCAACCGCUCCUUCGCUGCAGGAAUCCUCUUUUUCAUCUCCACGUUACUGCUGCUGCUGGCGCUGUCCCUCUACACGGCGGCGGCGGUGCACUUCCUGGGCAGACGUGUUGGCGAGUGGCGUUUCUCCUGGUCUUACAUCCUGGCCUGGGUGGCCGCCCUCAUGACCUUCUUCGCAGGUGUUUUCUACGUGUGCGCCUACAGGACGUGCGAGUGCAGGAGGACGAGGCGUUAGAGGGAAGGAAGGAAG